AUGCCUGCGAGUGUUGCCGGUCGACGAAAGGACAGCAGGGCUGCCCGCAACAAACCACCUCCUUCAACAGCCAGGAAGGCGCCGGCAUCUGCUGUUCCCUUGCCAGUAGUUAUAGAAGCAAGCCCGGGUGUGCCUUCCAAGCCAGAGACAGAGCUAGGGAUGCAGCAACAGACACAGGAAGGCGACUCAUCCUCAACAUCAUCCGAAAAUACCGACUCGGAUUCAGAUGACGGUCAGGAAGAGGAAGGGUUGCAAGCCCUUGCUCAGGCGCAACCACCGCUAGAUACUAGGGAUACACAUUCCUCAUACCUUAUUUCACCGGAAUCCUCCUUUCGAGCUAGCAGUCCGGAGCAGACAUUUUCAGUUACUUCCAGAGACUCGGUUAUAAGUGAUCCAACAACAUCUCCUGACGGCUCACCUGCAACAGCCUAUUUGCGCUUGGCCAAUAGACAGAAUCUACAAAAGAUCGCACAAGCGCGAAGCCGCCGUGAAGUCGUACAUCAAAGACAAAGCCCGCCACCUACAGACGACGAAGACGACGAGCACGACGAGCAUUCGGAUUAUUCGGCCCCUGAGGACUAUUACAUGAAUGAGCGCAUGCACUAUCACCAGCAGAAGCAGCAUCAACAACAGCAGCAACAUCGUUCACAUACAGGCCGUCCACACGCUCACAGACAAAGAAAGAUUAGAGACCGAAGCAAAAAUUCUAGACGGGGAAUAUCACUAUCCCCGGAAAGAAGUGCAGGUCAACUGGUAAAGACUGAACCGAGCGACAAGAACAAUAAAGUCGUUAAAACACCAAGUGCAGAGCCCAAAUUAUUCUCAGGUUACGCCCUCCUAGCCUCCAAGCUGGAUUCCUCAACAUCACCAUCAUCGACGGAUCCAAAGAAUGGAGACCGGAGACUCGUUCCUGUAUACCGACGAUUCGAGAAUGUCAACCACCGCAUUAUUUUGCAUCUGCAAGAUGAGAUAUCGCAAUUAGAGGAGGAACUUCAGAUGAUGGAUGAAUAUGAAGCGAAACAUCGCGCUACAAUGGUCGAAAAAGGAGGGUCAGAACAAAUGGAACCAGCUUCGAGACGGAUGGAUGUUGAAGCUGCUGGGAGAUACUCGGCGUUUCACGCGCGGCGUCUGGAGCUGGUUGAUAGGCUUGCUUAUAAAGUCAAUCAAUACAAUGACGCCCUUACCAAUUACGCCAAACUAAACCGAAUCCUUCCUAAGGCUUCAUCCAAGGAUAUCCAAACAUACCGUACCUGGAUGAACGAAAACACACCCAUCGCCAAAAACGAAACUCGAUUUCUGGAUCAUGACCUAGAUCUGGUUUCCCUCAAAGCUGCAAUCGACGCUAUUCCAGUAGCAACUGUACGCGGCGAGAACAGUGCUAGUAUUCUCUAUUUCAUAAUUGGCGUGCUGGCAACUGCAUUGUUAUUACCGCUUUUGGCUUAUUGA